AUUCCAUUGAACUGAACCAAUUCUUCAUCCACUAUGACUGCGACAACAACUCACCUGUGGCUGCGCGAGGAGACCAAGGAGCACGAGCACCGCGUUGUGCUGACUCCCGAUGCAUGCAAGAAGCUUCUUGCCGAGCGCAGGACGAACGCGGACGGACACGAGGAGGCCGUCUUCCGGAUCACUGUCGAGCGGUCGACUCAGCGGAUUUUCGACAUUCACGAGUAUGAGCUGGCUGGAUGCACCAUUGCUGCUGGCGGCGCUUGGCGAGACGCACCCGCAGACGCCUUCAUUCUCGGUCUGAAAGAGCUGCCCGAGAACGACACGACGCCGCUCAAGCACCGUCACGUGUACUUUGGCCAUGCGUACAAGAACCAGGCUGGCUGGAAGGAUUUGCUUGCUCGCUUCAAGCGUGGCGGUGGCCAGCUGCUCGAUCUCGAGUUUUUGAACGACGAGAAGGGUCGACGAGUCGCUGCAUUCGGAUACAUGGCUGGUUUUGCCGGAGCUGCCGUUGGUUUGGAUCUGUGGGCACACAACCAAACAAAUCCUGGCACCCCGUACCCCUCCAUCAAACCGUAUGAAAACGACGAGCAGCUUGUGAGCCAUCUCAAGAAGCGUAUUGCCCAGGCUGUUGCUGGCGGCGCCAACCAACCCAAGGCCAUUGUCAUUGGUGCGCUUGGCCGAUGUGGCACCGGCGCAUGCGACCUUUUGGUUCGUGCUGGUAUUGCCGAUGCCAAUAUUAUUCGCUGGGAUAUGGCCGAGACCAAGAACGGCGGCCCCUUCCCGCAGCUGCUCGAGUACGAGAUUCUGGUCAACUGCAUCUACCUGGCAACCCCGAUCCCUCCGUUCCUGACGGCCGAGACGCUGCUCACCCCCAAGUCGGACAAGCGCCACCUCUCUGUUGUCGUUGAUGUCUCCUGUGAUGUGACCAACCCGCACAACCCGCUGCCAUUCUACUCGGAGACGACAACCUUUGAUGCUCCCGUCCUUGCGGUGGCCGCUGACCGAACCUCCACACCGCUCGAUGUGGUCGCGAUUGAUCAUUUGCCAACUCUGCUGCCAGCCGAGAGCAGCACGCGCUUUGCUCAGGAUUUGUACGCCACCAUCCUUCAGCUCGCAGAGGUGGACACUGCUCGCGUGUGGACUGACGUGCGCAAGCUCUUUGACACCAAGUCGGAAGGGCUGUGAAUGUUCGUCUCCACAAAACAUGGCAUCUGGAAACAACCAAUGAACGAAAAGAAAAAAAAACCGUUGUAAUGAUUAAAUACAAUAAUUUUGGCCUGAAUC